AGUAAUUCAUACUACCGGUAAAAUCUAUUUUGCUUUUCUUGUUGGUUAAAGCAUCACUACUUAAUAAACUUAAUAAACCACCAACUACUGAAGUGCCUGUGAUGAAAACAUAAUUUAAAAUGUACAAGCAGAAAAAUUAACAUCAACAAUUAUGAUAAAUCAGAGCCUGUAUAUUUAAGGUUUUUUGAACAGCUAGCAAAGAGAUCAACUUCAAUUUUAGGGAGUGCAUUUUAAAGAACUGGGGGACUGUGGAAUACAGAACUGCAAUGACUUUCCAUUGACAGCCAUAUCUUCCAUGAAGUUGCUCAGAACCCAGGAUAAGUAAACUAGGUUUAUCAGAUAAAUCUUUCAAGAAAUCUCCACUCUUCAUGAAUCCUAGGGCACUGGCAAGGUCCUGGGAGGGUUUUAUUUUAGUCAAGCGCUCUAGAGGGCACCAAGAUAUCCUUCCCAGCUGAGGAACCCCAGCCUGGAAGUUGCUCCUCAGAGUUCCCAGCUUCACUCCAGGGCGGUGCAGUGCCUUCUGUGCCUAUUGCUGUACAGACUGUUAUGGAGUCUGGCCUGGAGUGCUCAGCACAACUCAGUAUUCUGACUCAGGUUUGUUCAAGCUUUUAAGACUGAGAGCAGAUUGUUCUUUAGCCCUCUGAAAAAGACCAGGAAGUUAUGACAUUUCCUGUUGGGACUUGUGAAGAAUCUGUAUCCAUUGAAAACUAAAAGCUAUGCUAAUGCAAGGGCUUUUUUCCUACUUUUGUCAUACAAGAACAACAGAGAGGUAAUUCCAACUAUCUGUUGAAAAGUGUGGUUGCUAGUUGCAAUCUUCUGCAGAAAAAUCUAAUGAUACCUGUAGGAUUCAUCUUAAUUCUAUCUUACUGUUAUUUUAUAAACUGCAGACAGGAGCUUUUUUGUAUUAUUGAAUAAUCUUUUCCUUUGCUGUGGUUUUACCUCCCAACUUUCCUUUCAAUUCAUGAUAGAUGACUCCAUUCAGGGAGCUGUUAUUUGGCUCGAAAAAAGUGCGUUUAGGUAUUGGCUACAUCUUUCUACCACUGCUUCCAUUGGUUUAAAAAAGCAGGACGCCUCGCCUCCUGGGGCGUUUCUUCCUCGGUCCUGCUCCAACCGGUUGCCCGAGAGCAGCUGCUCGAGGCUCCCCGGCUCUCUAGUUGCUAUGGGGGCGUUCCUCCGGCGACUGCCCUGCUCGGGAUCCGGCGCCGAAAGACAAGGGGCUGAAGUUCCGGGUGGGAAGCCAGGCUCGGGCCCUUCCUCUGCCAGGGCGAGGCUGAGUCGCCCCGGUCCGUGUCCGACCUCGACCUGACCGCGCGGGGAGGCCUCGGGCCUCUGCGUUGAACCAAGCAAGCGGGGUGGAGGAAGACUUUCAGGGAGCCUUCGGCUCGCCAACAGGACCAGGUCGGCGCUGAAUCAGGCCGAGGACGGGUAUCCCGGAGGUAGCUGCUGCUGCUGCUGCCUCCUUUCCAGGCCCCACGACGAACACCGGGAAGCCCAUCAACCGCGGCCCUCCGAGACCGCUCGGCCCGGCAGGCGCACCACGUCCCCGACGGCAUACGAGGCGGCUUGUGCCUUCGCGCGCGCCGUAGCGCUCCUCCGCAGGCCAAUCAGGGCGCAGCUCACAGCGCCGACGUCCUCUCGCGUCACAGCCGUCGCUGCCGGGCGCGCUCCUCCUCCGCCGGUUGCUAUGGCGGCGGCGGCGACCCCGCCCCUGUGCGGAUGAGCUCACGCGGUGCCGCAGCUCCGGGAGGCGGCGGCGGCGGCGCGGGGGGAGGGUCGUCGUCGGCUCCUUCAGAAUAAGAUGGCGGCGGCUGCGGUGUCCGGGGGGGGCCCGCUCGCGGCCCCGGGCCCCCGCCUGGCCCCGCCGCCGGCCGCGGGCCGUCCUCCGGGCCCCGCGCGCAUUGGCUACUACGAGAUCGAGCGCACCAUCGGCAAGGGCAACUUCGCCGUCGUCAAGCUGGCCACGCACCUCGUCACCCGCGUCAAGGUCGCAAUAAAGAUCAUUGAUAAGACUCAGCUGGAUGAAGAGAACCUCAAGAAGAUUUUUCGAGAGGUCCAAGUGAUGAAGAUGCUGUGCCACCCUCACAUCAUCCGAUUGUAUCAGGUCAUGGAAACGGAGCGAAUGAUCUACCUGGUAACCGAGUAUGCAAGUGGAGGGGAGAUAUUUGAUCAUCUGGUGGCUCACGGACGAAUGGCUGAAAAAGAGGCUCGGAAGAAGUUUAAGCAGAUAGUAGCAGCGGUGCACUUCUGUCACUGUCACAAUAUUGUCCACAGAGACCUGAAGGCUGAGAAUUUGCUUCUGGAUGCAAAUCUGAACAUCAAAAUAGCAGAUUUUGGAUUCAGUAAUACCUUCACUCCUGGCCAGCUAUUGAAGACCUGGUGCGGAAGCCCCCCUUAUGCCGCCCCUGAGCUUUUUGAAGGGAAGGAGUACGAUGGGCCGAAAGUGGACAUCUGGAGCCUUGGGGUGGUGCUCUAUGUCCUGGUGUGCGGGGCCCUGCCCUUCGACGGGAGCACGCUGCAGAACCUGCGCGCGAGGGUGCUGAGUGGGAAGUUUCGCAUCCCGUUCUUCAUGUCAACAGAGUGUGAACAUUUGAUCCGCCACAUGCUGGUGCUGGAGCCGAGCAAACGGCUCUCCAUGGAGCAGAUCUGCAAGCACAAGUGGAUGAAGCUUGGGGAAGUAGACCCCGAGUUCAGUACAUUAAUAGCAGAAUGUCAGCAUCUGAAAGCCGAGAGGCAGCUGGAGCCCCUGAAUGAGGAGGUGCUACUGGCCAUGGCUGAGAUGGGGCUGGAUAAGGAACGCACCCUCCAGUCAUUGAGGACAGAGGCCUACGACCACUACAGUGCAAUCUAUAGCCUUCUCUGUGAUCGCCAGAAGAGGCAUAAACCUCUGCGUACUUCUGCCCUGCCCAGCCUCCCACGGACUCUGACCUUUCCAGCCAGUCUCCAGGCAGAACCUGCUGGCAACCCAGUGAGCCUCAGCGUCCCACAAGUGCAGCUGAUCAACCCAGACAACCAGAUAGUCGAGACGGAUGGCACCAUGAACUUGGACAGCGAUGAAGGAGAAGAGCCGUCUCCUGAAGCUCUGGUCCGUUACCUCUCCAUGCGAAGACACACCGUUGGCGUGGCUGAUCCUCGUACUGAGGUGAUGGAAGAUCUCCAGAAUCUGCUCCCAGGCUUCACGCGAAUCGCCCCACAGGCCCCGUUCCUGCAGGUGGCCCCAAAUGUGAACAUGGCAGCCAACGUGCUUCCCAGGCAGCACCUGCAGCCGACCGGCCAGUUGGAGUACAAGGAGCAGUCUUUGCUGCAGCCGCCCACACUGCAGCUGCUGAACGGGAUGGGACCACUGGGGCGCAGGGCCUCCGACGGGGGAGCCAACAUCCAGCUGCACGCGCAGCAGCUCCUGAAGCGUCCCCGGGGCCCGUCUCCCCUCGUAACCAUGACCCCUGCAGUGCCUGCUGUAACCCCCGUGGAUGAGGAGAGCUCGGACGGGGAGCCAGAUCAGGAAGCCGUGCAGAGAUACUUGGCCAAUAGGUCAAAAAGGCACACCUUGGCCAUGACCAACCCCACUGCGGAAAUCCCGCCCGACUUGCAGAGGCAGCUCGGACAGCAGCCCUUCCGCUCCCGGGCCUCACACCUGGCACCUGACCAGCACCGCUAUGUCUACAAGGACUCGAACACGCUGCACCUCCCCACAGAGCGCUUCUCCCCAGUGCGCCGUUUCUCAGACGGGGCAGCCAGUAUCCAGGCCUUCAAGGCGCAGCUGGAGAGGAUGGGCAACCACAGCAGCAUCAAGCAGCUCCAGCAGGAGUGUGAGCAGCUCCAGAAGAUGUACGGGGGGCACAUGGACGAGAGGAUUCUAGAGAAGACACAGCAGCAGCAUAUCUUGUACCAGCAGGAGCAGCACCACCAGAUCCUUCAGCAGCAGAUCCAGGAUUGCAUCCGUCCGCCACAACCUUCCCCACCCUUGCAGGCAGCAAGUGAAAACCAGCCUGCUCUGCUCACUCACCAGCUCCAGAGAUUGCAGAUCCAGCCCUCCAGCCCACCUCCGAGCCACCCCAGCAACCAUCUCUUCAAGCAGGCGGACAGCAGCCCCCCGCCCGUUAGCAGCGGCAUGCUCCAGGCCCACAGUGCAGCCUCCCAGACACCCUUCCAGGGGGGGACGCCAUCACCUCUGCCUCCACACGGCAACAUCUUCCGGCAGCCUGGGAAUCGCUCCCCACCCCCUAGCCUGGCCUUGCCCUGCGUGGGCCUGCAGCAGCCGGGGCAGCCUGUCCCCCUCCCGAUGCAGGAGCCCGGCGACCUCAUGGGCAGCAGUCUUCUGCAGGCUGGGCGGGGCUUGCCCAGGCCCCCCAGCACCAGUCCGCUGCAGAUGCAUCAUCGUGCCAGCCUGAUGGCCUCCCUGACCUACGGACAUCGGCCCCUGUCGAAGCAGCUCAGCGCAGACAGUGCCGAGUCUUCCCACAGGUACCCAUCCACCACAGGCUACGCCCAGGCGCACCUGCACCCCCAGCUGUUCCCUGAGCCGUCCCGCAUCUCUCCGAGCAGCUUCGGCCCUGCUGCCCCCGCCGGCUUCCCUCCGGCCCCAGCCCUCAAGGUGCCACUGCUGGAGCAGUACUCCGGCUUCCCCCAGAGCAGCCAGCAGCAGCAGCAGCAGCACUACGCAGCCUCCACCCUGCACCAGGCCUUGCUGUCCCCCACCCCACCAGACUACAGCCGGCGCCCGCAAGUGCCCCCCAUCCUGCAGGGGCUGCUUUCUCCCCGCCACUCGCUGGCCGGCCAUCCAGACCUGCGACUGCCCCAGGCAGAGGUGGCCCAGCUGAUCAAGCGACGGCAGCAGCAGCAGCAGCAGCAGGAGUUCCAGGAGCUGUUCCGGCAGAUGAGCCAAGGGGACGCGGGACAGGGGCUCCCCAGCAUGGCCCAGAAACUCCCUGACCGGCCGCCCCUGGCUUUGCCUUACCAAAACACUGACCUCUACCAUCCCCAUGCCAGCCCCCAGACACUCUUGAAAGUCAGGGGACAGGAGUGCCUCUCGCACGCCUCAGGGUCGGCCCGUGGAUACGCCCCGCCUUCGGCUCUGCUGCACUCGGAGAGCAUGGAGGAGGAGGAAGCGGCGGACUGCUUGUGUGAGGGGCCCAGGGACCCUUUCCCGGGCCACAAGACCAAAGGCUGCCCCGAGACCCGGCUCCUCUUAAGCAUUGGGGGGCCUGGGGAUUCGGACUCUUUAUUUGGGCCUGCCAAGGGUGAGCCAGAGCUGGGAGCCCACCUGUAUCGGCCCCAGACCGUCUCGCCCUUCAGUCGGAGCGAAGUGCCCUGCCCAGAUCCCAUGGUCACCGGUGGCCAGGAGAGGACCUUGCCCGGGCACAUCGAGAUGGCCGAUGUGGAGGGGCUCACGGCGUUCCCAGCGAGAAUGAUUCCUGGCGCGCAUCCCAGAUCCCGGCCCCUGCAGAGACACCACACCAUCCAAAACAGCGACGAUGCCUACGUGCAACUGGACCCUUUGCUGGGCAUGAGCCUCAUGGCAGGGAAAGCACUUAGUUCUGCCCGGAUGGCCGAUGCCGUUCUCAGCCAGACCUCCCUGGUGGGCAGCCAGCCUCUCCCUGAGGGAGAGAGGAGGGAUGGUGGGGAACGUCUGGAAGGUCGGGAGCAGCCCGGCUUGGGUGAUGGCAGCCAGCAUCUCAACGCCUCUUGCUACCCCUCCACCUGUGUCACCGACGUCCUGCUGAGCUACAGGCACCCAGAGCUUCCCUUUGGGGUGGAGCAAGCGGGGGUCUAGCGAGCUGAUGGCAGACGGUUUUAUACAGCUCCGAAGUGAGAAGGUCCAUUUCAAACCGACAGUAUCUUGCAGCCUUGCACCAAACAGCCAUCACGUUUCUCUGGGAAGGAAACCUCAUGGCAGUGGUGACUCUUCCUGCUCUUCCUCCUCCUCCUCCUCCACGUUGGUCCCAGAGCGUGCUUGUCCCUUUCAGAUGUUCAUUAUUGCCAUAUCUGCCUGUGAUGCCGGCUGUUCUGGAAGUGCCAGACCUCCCUUCCGGGGGCUGUGGAGAGGGAUUGACUACCACCACGAGGGCAGCAGGCGCCUCCCUGGCCUGGCUGGAGCCAGCAAUAAGCAGACUUUUGGACAGGGCCUCUCCAGGCCGGCCCUCUGCAGGGACUGAGGGGCUGGGCUGGGGCCGUCUUUAUGCCUGCCUGCCUGCCUGCCUUCUGUUGCUCGUCCCCCCCAACCCCCCCCCCAAUUCAGGCUCUCUCUUCUCUCCCCAGUCCCUUCCUGGCCGCAGUGCAAUAUUGCUUUUGUGUCUCUCUCAUUUAUGGACUUUUCUGUGUUUGGAUUUUGUCAUUGUGCUUAAACAUCCUUUUUUUCUCUUUUGUAUCUCUUUUUCAUUCAUAUCAUGUGCUAUCUUUCCUUUUUUAGUUUAAUUCUGAGAAAGUUUGGUUCUUGUUUUUUAAUUUGUUUCCCAUCAGAUCAUGUAGGAAUUUGUUUCAGUAAAUUUUUGGGUAUUAUUAUUAUUAUUAAUAUUAAUAAAUUAAUUCAGAAUGCCUUUCUGCCCUUGGCCGUGCUGCUUGCCCCCCUCUCCCUGCCCCUCUGUUGGCUCUUCCCAGGGCCCGGCAUCUUGGCUGCGCGGCCUGCCCUCCGGAGGAACCCCCCUUCUCGGUGACUGGUCGGGUGAAGAGGCCUUCGUGUGGAGAGCGCCUGGUAUCAUCUUUCUGCCUUUGGGGACCUUUGGAAGCCCCCCCCCCCCAGAAUUCCUGUUACUGACUCUUUGGAAGGAUUUUUUAAAAGGGCAGCCUUCCUGCAGCUCUCCGGAUCGGCAUGGAAGCACAGAAUCCCUCGGAGGGCUGAUUCUUUGGCUGAGCCUCCCUUCUCUUCGGGAGCACCUGGUCUCUUCCUAUGGGCUGGAUCAGAACUGGAGCUUCCGUGGCUAGGAGGAGGGGGGACCUGAAGGUGGCCCAUCCACCCACCACCUUCGGCCCAGCUCUGGACUCCGGCUUGUUUAUCCUCCUGUUUACAUGACCUGGGAGGUGACAGCAGCAGCACCCCCCCCCCAGCCCUAUUCCAACAGGCUGGGUGGGGCAUGCCGGGCUGGGCUGUUUUGCAGUAUCACAUUUUUGUUUGUUUGUUUUCAGUUUUGGGUUUUUUUUAAUUGUUGCUUUGUAUUGUAUAAUCAGUACUUACAGUAUAUGUUGAAUGUAUAAUAUACUUUGCUAUUAUUUCUGUUUUGGGGAAAUGUCCAGAGUAUUUUUCUUGUUUAUGUUGGACUAAAACAAGACCCUCCAUACACACAGGUCCCCCAGGUUUUCAGUAAAUUCUUAGUUCCGUUUUGGGUGGGUGGGCUGUUUGCAACUAGCUGUUCAAAUAAACCCUUGAUUCUGAUUGGCUCUCA